CCCGGGACCGCCGCCCUAGACUAUUCGCUGGGCUCACAGGGAGCCCCGAGGACGCCUGUCCUGCUCCGUGAGGCGCAGCGCAGCGCUGGGAAGAGGCCCCAGGAUCGCGCCUCGCGCGUCCCCGCCUCGCGCGUUCCCACUCCAGCCCGCGCGCGCGCGUGCACCCGUACACACGCUAGCUCUCCGGGCAUGCGCAGUGGGCGGCGCCGCUCCGGGCCGCCUCUUGCUGCCGCCGCGAGUAGGAAGCGCGAGCGCCGGGCGCCUGGCUGUCAGUGAGCGUGGGGCCAGCCAGCGAGCGAGAGAGCCGGAGAGAGCCAGAGAGAGCGGCUUCGCUCCCAGCUCCGAGCAGCGCAGCGCCGGCCCGGCUCUCCCCGGCCACCGCCGCCGCCACCACCGCACCUCUGCACCGCCACCUCGGCCGCCGCCCCCGCCCACCCCGGCCCUCCCCGGCUGCUGCUCCCCGGCGGAGGCAAGAGGUGGUUGGGGGGGACCAUGGCUGACGUUUACCCGGCCAACGACUCCACGGCGUCUCAGGACGUGGCCAACCGCUUCGCCCGCAAAGGGGCGCUGAGGCAGAAGAACGUGCACGAGGUGAAGGACCACAAAUUCAUCGCCCGCUUCUUCAAGCAACCCACCUUCUGCAGCCACUGCACCGACUUCAUCUGGGGGUUUGGGAAACAAGGCUUCCAGUGCCAAGUUUGCUGUUUCGUGGUCCACAAGAGGUGCCAUGAGUUUGUUACAUUCUCCUGUCCGGGUGCAGACAAGGGACCCGACACUGAUGACCCCAGGAGCAAGCACAAGUUCAAAAUCCACACUUACGGAAGCCCUACCUUCUGUGACCACUGUGGGUCCCUGCUAUAUGGACUUAUCCACCAGGGGAUGAAAUGUGACACCUGCGACAUGAAUGUUCACAAGCAGUGCGUGAUCAACGUCCCUAGCCUCUGCGGAAUGGACCACACAGAGAAGAGGGGGCGGAUCUAUCUGAAGGCCGAGGUCACUGAUGAAAAGCUCCAUGUCACGGUACGAGACGCAAAGAAUCUAAUCCCUAUGGAUCCAAACGGGCUUUCAGAUCCUUAUGUGAAACUGAAACUUAUUCCUGACCCCAAGAAUGAAAGCAAACAGAAAACCAAAACCAUCCGCUCCACACUAAACCCUCAGUGGAAUGAGUCCUUCACAUUCAAAUUAAAACCUUCAGACAAAGACCGACGACUAUCCGUAGAAAUCUGGGACUGGGACCGAACGACGCGGAAUGACUUCAUGGGUUCCCUUUCCUUUGGUGUCUCAGAGCUGAUGAAGAUGCCAGCCAGCGGAUGGUACAAGUUGCUCAACCAAGAAGAGGGUGAAUACUACAACGUGCCCAUCCCAGAAGGGGAUGAAGAAGGCAACGUGGAGCUCAGGCAGAAGUUCGAGAAAGCCAAGCUUGGCCCUGCUGGUAACAAAGUCAUCAGCCCUUCAGAAGACAGGAAGCAACCAUCCAACAACCUUGACAGAGUGAAACUCACAGACUUCAAUUUCCUCAUGGUGCUGGGCAAGGGCAGUUUCGGGAAGGUGAUGCUGGCUGACAGGAAGGGGACAGAGGAACUGUAUGCCAUCAAAAUCCUGAAGAAGGACGUGGUGAUCCAGGAUGACGAUGUGGAGUGCACCAUGGUGGAGAAGCGGGUCCUGGCCCUGCUGGACAAGCCCCCGUUCCUGACGCAGCUGCACUCCUGCUUCCAGACAGUGGACCGGCUAUACUUCGUCAUGGAAUAUGUCAACGGUGGGGACCUCAUGUACCACAUUCAGCAAGUAGGGAAAUUUAAGGAGCCCCAAGCAGUAUUCUACGCAGCAGAGAUCUCCAUCGGACUGUUCUUUCUCCACAAAAGAGGAAUCAUUUACAGGGAUCUGAAGCUGGACAAUGUCAUGCUAGAUUCGGAAGGACAUAUCAAGAUCGCUGAUUUUGGGAUGUGCAAGGAACACAUGAUGGAUGGAGUCACGACUAGGACCUUCUGUGGGACUCCUGAUUACAUUGCCCCAGAGAUAAUUGCUUACCAGCCAUAUGGAAAAUCCGUGGACUGGUGGGCAUACGGUGUGCUGCUGUAUGAGAUGCUGGCUGGGCAGCCUCCGUUUGAUGGUGAAGAUGAGGACGAACUGUUUCAGUCUAUAAUGGAGCACAACGUGUCCUACCCCAAAUCCUUGUCCAAGGAAGCUGUCUCCAUCUGCAAAGGACUUAUGACCAAACACCCCGCCAAGCGGCUGGGCUGUGGGCCCGAGGGAGAACGGGAUGUCAGAGAACACGCCUUCUUCAGGAGGAUUGACUGGGAAAAACUGGAGAACAGAGAAAUCCAGCCACCAUUCAAGCCCAAAGUGUGCGGCAAAGGAGCAGAAAACUUUGACAAGUUCUUCACGCGAGGGCAGCCUGUCUUAACACCGCCAGAUCAGCUGGUCAUCGCUAACAUAGACCAGUCUGAUUUUGAAGGGUUCUCGUAUGUCAACCCCCAGUUUGUGCACCCGAUCUUACAAAGUGCAGUAUGAAAUCCACAAAUUAGAGAUCAAAUGCCUCCCCAGUCCCUAGCCUCCCCAUGCAGUGGGAAAUGAUCCUUAACCCUAAAAAUUUAAGGCUAUGGCCUUGUAUUUUGUCCCACACAGAGGCCUGAAAAUUCUAAGGACAUUAGUCCAUAAGUGAUUAACUUUUCAGGGUCUCUCUCUCUCUCUCUUUCUCUCUCUCUCUCAACCAAGAACAUUAUCUUAGUGGAUGAUGACAUCAUGUACAGAGUCCAGCUUAAUUACAUAGAAGCACAUUUGACUCUAAGUUAAUUUUUCCUAGAAAACAAAGCAAUUUGGCAAUUUGUAUCCCCCUUUUUGGUACGAUUUGAUAUAUUCUCCAUACCCUCCAUCUUUGGAUUUUCAUCAUCAGGAUCCCUCCACCAGAGAUAGUAAAGUGAACCUAUUCCAGCUCAAGGGCUGGAAACAUCUCCACCCAAGAUGUCUUUGGAAUGAAAGAACAGGAAACCCAAAGAGUAAGCAAAGAGAGGUUGGUGGUAGUAGAAUCUUGAAGACCCCAUUGCUUCUAUUCUCUGCCUCAGUGGAAAUAGUCCCUAGAAUCUGAGAGGGCAGGAUGAACCUAAUCACUGUUCCUGACCGUCAUAGCACAACCAUAGUGCAGCAGUUUAGGAAUGAAAGAAAGCUUCAGACGAAUAUUCAUUGAAUCUAUCAUCUGUGUUGCCCUACUUGGUUGAUACCUAUCUUGAUAACUCAUUCUUUUUAAGAGGCCAAAUCGUUUAAGGACAUUGCUAAACAAGCAUGUAAAAUCAUUUCAGAUCAAGGAUAAACCGUGUGUGUGUUCAUUUUAAUCUCUGGGAGAUGAUUCUUCAAACCAGGGUGCCAUCAGAAUCAUGCCACUAUUCAAGAGUGUUGUUAGCCAAGCCCAAACACAUGAUAAUGUUUUGCUACCUUCGUGGGUACCCUUCCUAAGAAUCUGGUGUAUAUGCCCCGUCCCUUUUUGUACUAUUUAUUUAAUAAGCUGCAGUGUCGUUUAUGAAAGUACAAUGUAUAGUAAUUUAAUCCAAGUAUUGACUAGCAUCAGUCCUUAUUGAUUGAUUUUCUCCUUUCUUUAGUCCCAACAUCCACUUAGAGAUGAAAAACAAUAUAGUUUGGGUUCCCAUUUCCAGUUCCUAUUGAAUGGCACACCUGCAACUGUAGGAUCAAGAUACUUUAUGCUUAUAUCAACUCAAAAUGUUUUCUUGCUAGAAGGAUUUUAAUAUGUUUUGCGAGUGCAUCAUGCAAUGGAUUUUGCAUGUUUAUAAUAAACCUUAAUAACAAGUUAAUCUAUAUUAUUGAUAUAAUUGUAUCAAGUAUAAAGAGUAUUAUGAUAAUUUUUAUAAGACACAAUUGUGCUAUAUUUGUGAAGGCUCAUGUUUCCAGUCUGCUUUAAGAUGAAGUGUUAGCUUUAUUCAUUGCUGCUGUGCUCUCUCUUACCCUCUAUCCCACACACUGGCACUCUAUCAGAUAUAUUAAUUUUUUAAUGUAGAUGUAAUUUUAAAAUGAAUGGCUACUUUACACAUUUAACUAGGCUUUUACUAUAUAUGUGUAUAUAUGUAUAUAUAUAUACUUGAUUCUACCUGCAAAACCCAGUUUUGUUUGUGGGAAUUAUUUUUGAGAUAAGACUCUGUUAACUUCUUCAUGUCAUCCUCUGGGUUCCUCCACCACUCUUCCUCUUGAAGACAGCCGGAAGCAUUUAAUUCCAGUAUGCCUGAUAUGUUUGUAUACAUGUGGCAUUGUUGUAGGACCUGGGCUGAACUCUGUGUGUGUGUGUGUGUGUGUGUGUGUGUGUGUGUGUGUGUGUGUGUAUGUGUGUCUGUCUGUCUGUCUAUAUGUCUGUCUGUCUUAUUCUUUUCAGCCUAUGUCUUUUGGGGACUCUAGGGUUGGAAGGGUGGAAGGAUUCCUUUCUAUGUGUUCAUAUGGACACACCAGAAGUAUGUAGUCUUCUUGCCCCAGAAUGACCCAGUGUGUACUCCAGAACACACAACCUCAAUGAGACAAACUUUAUCCCAUGUCCAUAUAGAGCCAUCCCUGAGGCUGUUACUAACAGACUCAUUCCAGAGGCACACACUGUCUUAAAGCUGUUGCUACAACAUUCUGGUCUUUGAAGAGCAUGUCUUGUGGCCAAAACACCUUCCCAAUACAUGGUGUUUAUAAGAAGAGGCAGGGGCUGCCACAGCAUGAAGACUGGUGGAGAUGGAAGUUCUCACCCUACAGAAGGUGUCUCUCCUGAAAGCAUCUCCCAGCUAAGCUCUCCUCUUUGUAGUCUCCAUCUGUCUGCCUGGCAGUCACAUAACAUGCAAACCACCAAGUGUGUCUGAGAUAAGGAGCACGAGCUGCUCUGAAAACCCCUUAUCAGAAGAAGACAAUGGAGUAGGGAAUGGGCCAAAGCAGAAAAGAACAGUUUCUUCUGAAACCUUUCACGAAUUCUGGACUUUAGAACUCAAAAAGGGUCUUAUAUAUUGAUCUUAGAAGUCCAACUCAUCACCUUGGCAACCAACCUAAUCAAAAACACUGUACUUGGCCCAACAGUAAAGCAACUUGUUUAGGAGCCUUGUUCUUUAUUAAGUAGGACAGCAACAGGACUGAUUCCCAGCAAAUCUCUCAAGGUGAGGGAAGCCACAGAGAAGAAACACAAUGGUCACAGACAAUCUGUCCCAAGGUGCCAAGCUGCCUGCUUGUCUUAAGCAAGUAACAGGCUUGAGUUUUUCUGUAAACAGUCAACAUCCAGCUCCAAGUGAUUCAACUUCUCCAGAAAACAUGUGCAAUCUCUUGGGUGAUUUGUAUGCUUAGAGAAUGUGAAACAACGUUCUCAAAAGGGAGGGGGAAAAACAAUAACAGAGCCAGCAUUUGCCUAAGGAACAGCACACUGGACAAUGAACUUAGGAGAAACCAUAACAGUUUAAGGAAGUUUUCAUGAUGUGGCCUAUUUUAUACACUGCUGAGUUUUAAGUUUAGAUAAAGGCUAAUACUUUAAAGACCCGGGCAGCCUGAGACAGUUAUUGCUGCAAAACUAACUCAUGUGGAUAGCCAUUAACAGCUGUUAGACAGGAUCCAAUAAUAAAAUUCUACGCCAGUGUCUCACUUCUCGGACCAUGUGUGAAAUGGGGCUCCAGAGAAAAGGCUGCCCCUUGAACUGAAGCCACCACAUUGGCAGCUGGAAUCAGGAGGGCGCCUUGAAGGGUUUAAUCCCUGGGGGAGCUCUUCAAGUAGCACCUGCUCUCAGACUCUGCCUGCACUGGUAGGUUCUGUCCACAGGACAGAGUCUCCACAGGACCCAUCUGGCAGUAACCCAGGAAACCCACUGAAAUUGCUUUGUAUUAUAUUGCCCUGGAAGGUGGCCACUGCUCAGUGGUAGUUGAUCCUCCUUCCAUUACAGGCAAGUGGGCUGCUAGCUCUGCUUUUGGCAGGGCAUCUAAAGGUCCCGGCACUUGGGUUGAAUGGAAAGAACUGGGGUAUGCUGCCAGGUACAACCUUGGGAAGCUGAUGGGAGGCCCACCUCCAAGCUGGAGCUAAUUCAGGAGGUAAAUGAGAAGCCCCAGGAACUAAAAUGACUGCCCCUCGCCACAUCACCCUCAUAUCUCUGGCCUAGUAUGAGCCUUUUCUUCAUUGGUCUUUUAAUUAGUAAUCUGAGAAACUCGGGAGGCCAAGAGCUUUCUGAAAGCUUGACCUGAGAUGGUCACAUGAAAGAUUACCAGAGGCCAGUAUUAACCCUCAAGUGUUGUCCCUCAUGAGCAGUAGUUCUUAGCAGAGUGUGGUGCCUUGCCAAGCCCCAAAGAGCCACCCACUGAUGUGUCACAGAGGAGUCUGAAGUCACAGCACUGAGGAAGAGCAGGGCUUGCAUGCACCUGGAAAGACAUGGAGGUGGGGGAGAGGCUACUGUGCCUGCAUGGGCUUUCUACUGGCAUCAUCGUUGUAAACGGAAGUGACCCUUUGUUGGUCUUCAUUUGUGUGUGUGUCCUGUCAGCGACACAGUCUGUUCCCUCUCAGCCCCUCCCAACUGUAAGAAGUCCUUUGCUCUGUGCAGAGUCAGGCCAGCCAGCAGACUCUGGAAGCCACUAGGUUCUGCCUCUUUCCCACCCAUAAUUAGAGUAGCUGAGACUAGGUGCGGAAGUUGAAAAAAAAAAACAACAAAACAACAACAAAAAACCAACAGUGUCCUGCUAGCUUAUGCUUAGUAGGAAAAAUAGGAAGGGUUUGUGCAGGGCUUUGUUUUCUCAAAACAGAAGAGAGGGGAAAGUGAGAGUCACAUGCUUUUAAUCGCCUCAACAAGGCGACAACCUGACAACCUGACAGUCACUUUCCUCACCUUCGUCUUAGGAAGCCACCUAUUUCCCCUGUGUCCGUGUCACACUUUUUUCCUAUUUGUUUAUAGCCCCAGAAGGGCAGGGCUGCCCCUCCCCCCCAACGACUGAGCAUACCCAACAGCUCUGUUCAGGAGAAGCAUGAUGACCAUGGAGAUACAGGACAACGGUUAGCAGCAGCUCCAUGCUAACUUGACAGUGUUGGGAAACAGGUUUGAAAAAUGGUUUUCCUUGAACUGCUGCUAACAAAAGAUGCUGGAGGGUCAACACUCCUGCCGUGUCUCGUUUCGGCCAGUGCAGCAAACCUAGAGAAAGCUUUCUCUUUACGUCGUUAGAAUAAUCCAGAAAACCGGGAAUGGGUGCUCGAGACAUGCUCAGAUGCAGUGUUACAGCAAUGGUGUCCACUGUUGUCCUGGUGACGCUACAGCCUCAAGACUCAGUGGUUAAAAGUAUGUAUGGCUCAGUGUUCUGUGCCCUCAUUCAUGUGGUCAGGUGUCAGUAAGCAAACACACUGGACAUAUCAAGUCAUUGAACAGCCUUACCGCGACCCUCCCCAGAAGCCCACAAGUUCCAAAGACUUUUUCUUAAACUUAAAACAAGAAAUUAACUUAUUAACUCUAGUAGAAGAACCUGACUGUGCUGGGCUAUUUGUACUUUUUUAUAGAGAACUUUAAUGACUCGAUUCUUUUAAAAUGAGUUUUUUAAAAUAAACCUAAUAAAAAUUUCAUAAAAUUCCAAUUCCAUCGAGCCUAUAGGAGGACUUAACCCACAUUGUACAGAGCACCCUUGACCUGCAAUUCCACGGCAUGGUUUUCCUGAACCAGUGAGGUAUGGAGUCCACAUUGGAAUGACUGCAGGAUGGUACCCCCUCUUUAGUAGACACUAAAGAUAGCUGCCUAAGGUUUAGAUAUCUUUAAACUGUAGGGAAGAUGGCUUCCCAGCCCCCUUCCUGAUGCAGCCCAGGAGAGCAUUCUUGGGGAUCUCGGGGACUCCUCUCCUUGCUCUCUGAGAGUCUGUGAGCAAGAAGGGGUGCUUCUUCAACCCUGUCUCCAGUAGCUUCUGGUUGUCACACAUUUGGUAAAGGUUGGGAGGUGCCCUGUAAGGUUUUUGCCCCUUGGGCAAGUCAAACCUACUAUCUAAGAAGAGGCAGCAUCGAGUGUGCCUAAGGCGUCUGUUUCCAUUCCCAUGUGUGAGGGAGUAGACAGAACCCUACUUUUCAGAAAACCGCUACCCCAACUUUGUAAGAGCCCCUUUUUCUAAAACAUGUCACAAGGCGUGGCUUUGCACUUUCUGAUUAAACAGCUGUGUCUUUUGUCUCCUGCUUCAUUUUAAAACUAUUCUGUAAUCAUUGGUAGAUUUUUGUUAAUAUUUUGCCUGGAAAAAAUGUGACUCUCUCCUUGGGAUGUUUAAUAGACUGUUGAAAAUUAUACACGAAGGUGAUUACUAUUUUGAGCCUAAGGGUUUUCUAAGAAUCCGGCUCCUAUCCUGACUAUGAAGGUUUUGCAGUUUAUCUUUUAUAGGCGACCAGAAGCACUGGAAGAUGCACUUCCUAUAUGAUUUCUGCUUUGUUUUAUGAAGGACAUGCCAUGUCUAAACCUCUCACUGAAAAUCACCAUGCAAAGUCCCAAACUGGUUUGGAGGAAGGAGUGAAGGUGGAGGUUUUCGGCCUGCAUGGCCAUUACUGAUAAGCCGUAGGUAGGCACUGUGCCACUGCUCAUUUGGUUACUUAGUAGGUAAGAAGGACAUGUUAAUUACUGCAUAGCUUUCUUGGAUUUGUGUAACCUCUAAUCUUCGUUUGCAUGAUUCGCUUUGUUAGAUGCAUUCAUUGUAGUUUGGAAGCAAGUGUGUAUGAAUAAAGAUACUGAUCACUGCUGAA